GAGCGGAGACGGGGAGGAGCUUCCGGCUGCGCACUUCCGUUUCUGGUUCUCGGCGUCAACUUUUGGUCCCUUCUCUGCGUUCGAGGAGGUUGUGGCGUAGGCUGCUUCGAGACUAUUCGAGAACCAGACAGAAUGAUCGAGGUUGUCUGUAACGACCGACUGGGGAAGAAGGUCCGCGUCAAGUGCAACACGGAUGACACCAUCGGGGACCUUAAGAAGCUGAUCGCAGCCCAAACUGGCACCCGCUGGAAUAAGAUUGUUUUGAAGAAAUGGUACACGAUUUUCAAGGACCACGUGUCUCUGGGGGACUAUGAAAUCCAUGAUGGGAUGAACCUGGAGCUUUAUUACCAAUAGAACAGAAUCCUUCCCUUUUCCCUGCCCUGCCCAUUUUUCCCUCCUGUCCUCACCCUUGCUGGUGUGGAUGCUUGUUUCUAAAAACUCAUGUUAAUAAAAACUCAGAUACUGCUU